UUUGGGUUUUUGUCGUGUGGUCUUUCCUUUGUCCAUUCGUUUCCACCACAAUUCCUCUGCUUCCGGCAAGUGCUACAGUCUAUAAAUAAAAUCGUUUCAACGUUCAAUUAGUUUUUAAAAAAAAAAAAAAAGUGGUGUCAAUUCCAUGGAUUUUCUCUGGCUAGCUCUUGCAUUCUUUGCCCUAUUUUUCCUUCUUCAAGAACUACAAAAAAAGUUCAGUAAGAAGAAGAAACUUAAACUUCCUCCAGGUCCAAGAGGUCUCCCACUUCUUGGAAAUCUUCACAUGGUUGGUGAAAAUCUUCACCAAGAUCUCCAUAAAAUAGCCAAAAAGCAUGGUCCCAUAAUGUCCAUGCAUUUUGGUCUUGUUCCUGUCAUUGUUGCUUCCUCUCCUUAUGCUGCUGAACAAUUCUUGAAAAUCCAUGAUUUAAUAUUUUCCAGUAGACCCUCUAAUGAAGUUUCAGAGGGCAUUUUUUACAAUAGGAGAAAUUUGGUUUCGGCCAAAUAUGGUCCUUAUUGGCGAAACAUGCGAAAAUUGUGCACUUUGCAAUUGUUAAGCAAUGCAAAGAUCCUUGCUUUUCAGCCUAUGAGGAAACAAGAACUUGGGAUUCUUGUAAAUUUCAUCAAACAGGCAGCUAAUGAUCGCGAUGUGAUUGAUCUUAGUGCAAAAGUUGCGUCUCUCAGUGCGAAUAUGUCGUGUUUGAUGAUAUUUGGGAAGAAGUACAUGGACGAAGAUCUUGGCGAAAAGGGGUUCAAGAGUUUGAUUCAAGAUAUACUGCAUUUAGCAGCAUUGCCAAAUGUUGCUGAAUUUUUCCCCUUUCUUCGUGUUCUUGAUCUUCAGGGAUUUAGUCGUCGUACGAAGGAAUUAGCUAAGCUUUUUGAUGAGUUCUUGGAGAGAGUUAUCGACGAACAUGUUUGUGAAUCUGGUGCGGGGAAGCAAGCGAAUGAUAUGGUGGAUACACUGAUGGGGAUUAUGCAAUCUGGUGAAGCUGAAUUUGAGUUUGAUCGUCGACAUGUCAAAGCUAUUUUGUUGGACUUGCUGAUAGCAUCUAUGGAUACUUCAUCGACAACAAUCGAAUGGAUUCUAACCGAACUUCUAAGGCACCCAAAUGUGAUGAAAAAGCUUCAAAAUGAGUUGAAGCAAGUAGUUGGCAAAAACAGAAUGGUGGAAGAAUCAGACUUAGAAAGCUUGGAAUAUUUAGAUAUGGUCAUAAAAGAAAGUAGUAGACUCCAUCCUGUUGCACCCUUAUUGCUUCCUCACGAGUCCAUUGAGGAUUGCACGGUUGAUGGUUUUCACUUACCUAAAGGAUCCCGAAUUUUGAUUAACGUUUGGGCAAUUGGGAGAGAUCCAGAUACUUGGAUUGAGCCUGAAAUGUUCAAACCGGAGAGGUUUCAGGGGAGCAACAUUGAUCUUCGGGGAAGACAUUUUCAGCUUUUACCGUUUGGCUCUGGCAGAAGAAGUUGCCCUGGUUUGCAAUUAGGGCUCACCGUUGUUCGUUUGGUGGUCGCGCAAUUGGUUCACUGCUUUGAUUGGGAGAUGCCGAAUGGUAUGAAGCCGAACGAUAUUGACAUGACUGAGAAAUUUGGUUUAGUAACGGCUAGAGCGCAACAUCUUAUGGCGAUUCCUAAUUAUCGGUUGCAUAUGUAAAGUAAAUGCAAAUGUCAAAAUAUGUCUAAGAGUUGCAUAUUUGCCUCUGAAUAAGACGAGGAUUAGACAAAAAAGACUGGCAAUUUGCAUUAUUUCCACUUAUAUGUUGAACGUAUUUAAAAGAAUUAUGUAAUAUUAUCUAAGUUUGAGUCA